AUGGUCUUUGGUCGCUCUUCUAUCUUGUCUCUGGCUACUGUCGCCCUUCUCAUCAGCAAGGCCCAAGCUGAUCUUUCCUUGUUGGUUGGCUCCCAUGAAGGCAGUGGUCUAUACCUGAACACUGAUCUUCGCGUCCCUCACGGCUGCAAGAACUCCGAUGGGUCUCUUACUCUUGGUGUCACUGUUGAAAUCCCUAGCGAGAUUCUUGCUGUUCAAGCUGAAUAUAUCCCUGACUAUAAUCUCACAAUCACCAAGCAACAACUUACCGAGCCUCAAGCGCUUUCCGAAGGUGGCCGUGAGGUGUCAUCGCGUACCGCCUCUAUCCAAUGGAUGAGCGCUGACCCUGUUCCCGAUGGUGCCUUCAUGGACUACAAGAUGCGUAUCUAUAUCCCUAAAAUUGGCGACGAUGAAACCCAUACCCACUACUUCAAGACUACCCAGCACUGCGAAGGCGGCGUCAACGAUGUCUACGAUCAAAUCCCUGGUUCUGAAAACUAUGAUGAAUCCAGCGGACGCAAUGCUCCGUUCAUCGAAAUUGGCGGAGAAGUCGACUCUACUCCCUGGAUCGAAAGCAAGGAGAACCGCAACACCAAUGGUGCCUCUUCUAGCCAGAAGGUUGCCAUGGCAGCCACUGCCCUCGUGGCUGGUCUCGCUGCCUUCAACCUCGCCUAA